AGUGCACACGCCAAGGUGCGCUGGCACGCCGCAAGAGAAUGUGCAUGUCGCCGUCAGCGCAGCUCAAGAAGGGUGAGCCGGGGCCGCUCACUGUGCCGUGGGGCUUCGCGGCGCAGCUGGAGGCGAGGCCGCCGCCCGGCUGUGGCUGGUUCAGCGUCGCGGACAUGCUCCGCCGCACCGCGUACAGCCUGGGCCUAUUCUACUACAGCCUCGCGACACAGCCGCUGACCUUCUCGCGCUUCGCGCUGCAGUACAACCGGCUGUGGUUCGGCGGCGCCGCGGGUACGGCGAUGACGCUGCUCCUGCCGGCGACGCCAGCGCUGCUCGCAGCGGUGGCGUGGGGCAAGCGGCUACGCGACUAUUUGCUGCCGCAGCCGGGCGACGACUGGAAGAUGGCUGGCCCGGGGCGCAUCUGGUUCCUGCCACCGCCGUCGACGCUCGCCUCCAUUGUUUACGACGCGCUCACGCCGCUCGCCGACUACGUCGCAGCCUUUGUCCUCUUUGGCGACGACCCCGACGGCGUAGAGCACACCUGGUACGACGCCAUCUGCAAGAAGGAGUACUGGUGCGGCCUGCUCGAUGCUGCGGACGCGCGGAGGCCGCUGCAGCUCGGUGCGUGGGACGGCGCCGCGCUGCACGACGUUUCGCGCGGGGUAGAGAGCGGCGGCUGCGACCUGGUCUGCAAGAUCUCCGACUCGUAUCUCGGCAUCGGCGACCGCGUCUUCAAGCGAGGCGUCGACUUCGUGACGCGCGGCGAGGUCGAGGACGAGCUCCGCGCGGACCCGCUCUACGCGGGCAAGCCGGCGGUGCUUUGCGAGAUCGUGUCGCCUAGCGCGAGCCUGGAGGUGUCGAGCGACGGGUAUGGGCCUGUCCACUCGCUGGACAUCCUCACGCUGCGCACGGGCGAGGGCGCGAAGGUGCUCUCCGUCGUCCUCUGGACCGACUGCACCACGUGGUCGUCGCACUCGGCCGCGGCGGGCUACCUCGUCGACGUGGAGACGGAGACGAUCGUCGCGCCGACGGCGUGGUACGCGCCGUACUUUGCCUCCAUGCAAGCGCCGCUCGUGGGGCAGCGUGUCCCCGGCGCGCGCGAGGCUUGCCUCAAGGCGAUGGCGGCGCACGACGCGUCCGAGCUAGAGUGGCUCACUUGCGUCGGCUGGGACGCGAUGAUCACCGACGAGGGCCCGACCUUCUUCGAGGGCAACGUGGCCGCGUACCGCACGCCGCGUCGCAUGGCCCUCUCGCUCUCGCUCGCAGACGGCUUCCGCAGCUGGAUGGCGACGCGCGGGAAGCGGUCGGCAGCCGCGUGAGCUUCUCCCUCUGUCUGUGCCCCCGCCUCUCUCCGCGGCUCGUCGACUCCGCGCGCCCGGGCGGGUGGCCUCGAGGGGGGCGUGAGCACGCCUCUCCAGGGAGGGUGCGGGCAAACCCUGCGGCUGCGCCCUCACCGCUUGCGCGCAGGGUGAUGACGGUCACACACACGUGACGCGAUCAGUUGUGUAUGUGCUUGGAGUCCGCGCGGUCAAUUGAUUGUACAAAUGAUUUAUGUGAGUUCACCCAGCGCGCAAUACCU